AUGAAACUUGCAACAAUUCUUCUCUCCAUCCUUGCUUUCAUCUGUGCAUCAGUUUAUCCUAGUUAUGCAGCAGCUGGCCUUGGAUGGGUGCAGUUUGUGACAAUUGUGACUUUUAUUUGCUUCACAAUUCUCUUUGUCCUGCGUUUCAUGAACAUCUAUGGCAGGAUACCAGCUCCCAUGAUAGUCAUUGAAUUCUGCUAUUUUCUUGGUGCCUGCUUCUGUCUGUUCAUUGCCGGUAUUGUAGCUGCUGUAUGGGGACAUGUUCCAGCACUUGGUGCUGCCGCUUUCUUUACAUUUGCUACUCUCGCUGUUGCAGCUGUGGAGACUUUUUUUUUGUAUCGUGAUUACCAGGCCUCAAAGUCUUCUGCUGGUACUGCUAACAUCGGCACUUUAUCUAUCUAUCUAUCUAUCUAUCUAUCUAUCUAUCUAUCUAUCUAUCUAUCUAUUUGUUUAAGGUAA